ACCAACAGUGGGGUAAUCUUCAUCUUCAAAGGCAACCUUCAUAAAAAUUUAGUGGUCCGUGCAUUGGACCUGAUAGUAUUAACGCUAGACUGGUUUGGGUCAUAUCUUAGGCGGAAUAAUGCGGCACAAUCUUUAUCGGCCACGGUUAUUUCGACACUCAUCGAGCUGUACUCAGCGGGAGGCGGAAAGUGAAUUUCACUGGUGCCUGGACUCGCAGUCUUUUCAAAUCGGGCAACCUAACGCAUGAACACUAAGGCGCUCAUAUAUAGAGCUGCUUCAACACCUGUUUGGAACUGCAUCGAGGCGUCAUCCAAGAUUACUCUGACAAGCGCACACCGGCGACAUAGCCGCUAUACCAAAAUGAUUCCCGUUGGGAUGAGGAAACAGGCCCAUAAGGCUCUGCCUACAUUCCAAGAAAUGGCAUCGCAAAGGAUUGCCGUUCUAGAUGCCGCGAUUGCGGCUCUAAAUUCGAGGGAAGACGCAAACUCCAAGAAACUCAAAAAGCUCGCACAACAUCUUGCCGAAAAGGCCGAUUUGGAGAAGCAGCUAAGCCAACCCCCCAGCAGUGAAGCCACUCGUGGCUCAUUGAUAAUAGGCGAUGCGACUUCGAUAGAUUCUACAAUGGCCACUCCAGGGUCAAUACCCGGUGUUAAGAAACAGAAACUGAAGAAGGAAAAGAAUCAAGAAGGUCCUAGUUCACAGCCAGUGAAUCAAGGCGAAGGACAACUUCCACAGCCGAUCCCGGAAGUACAAAUUACCACGCGCGGACUACGAUCACGAAAGGUCACAGCCACAACAACCACGACCGUGAAGACUACAGCUCGUAGAGAACCAAUAGUCCCACCAUCAGCCGGCUCCGGCGGCGUUCCCGACCCAUCACCGGCAUAUCUCGAGCGCUCACUUCUUGCCCCUCAGCAAGCCCAUGAGCCGCAGCACAUCCUCCUCGUACUGGAUUUGAACGGGACAAUUCUCUAUCGUCCGGACAGGAGGCGCCCCUCGCACUUUUUGGAGCGCCAGUCUACAGAUUCCUUCCUCAAUUACAUCUUGUCCCGAUUCCAAGUCAUGGUCUGGUCCUCAGCACGCCUUGAAAAUGUCCGACUCAUGGCCGACAAGUUGUUUCCAAGGCGGCAAUACCUUGUUACUGAAUGGGGACGGGACCGUAUGGGCCUAACCCCCGAAGACUUUGUGAGGAGAGUUCAAGUGUACAAGCGCCUCGAGAAGGUCUGGGCCGAACCGGGCAUCCAGAGUCGGCAUCCUCUUCAAGCGACGGGUGCGACGUGGGAUCAGUCAAAUACAAUUCUGAUUGACGAUUCAUUGGAGAAAGCCCGAAGCGAGCCGUUCAAUCUGGUGGAACUUCCGGAAUUUAAAGGCGACUCGGAACCUACUGACGUCUUGCAAGACUUAACGAUGUAUCUGGACGACAUCCUAAUGCAGAAGGAUGUCAGCGCGUACAUGCGCCAAAAUCCAUUCAAAGCAGCCAGCUAUGCGGCCAGUUAUGCGGCCAGUUGUGGAGCCAGUGAUGGUGCCACUUCCGAGGGGGAAUGAUAAGGUUUACUUUUACAGCCUGUUGGAAAACGGCAGGCCAAGGGCAAUAGAUAAGCUGAUGCUGGGCGUUUGUUAAAGUUACAGACAGGUGUGCUGGAGAAAAGGGCGAGUAUGCCAGCAACAGGAUCACUAGUGGGAGGAAGACUUGUACAUUGUCACUUUGCUACAGAGAUAAACUAGGACAGAU